AAGACCUGAAAAAAUGAACAGCAAAUGUAAAUCUUAUGGUUGGGUAAACAUAAUUAUAAGUUCAGAUUAAACACCACAAAUUCUAUAAAUUUUACAUUUUCUACUUGAAAAAAAAAUUAAAAGUAAAUAAAAAAUUGUAUUACAUUUUGUACUAAGUCAACCGAAACAUAAUUCCGUACUGUAACAAUCUAUACAAAUAUAUUGAAGUUAUUGUACACACAAAGCAUUCUUUUAGAUUUACAUUAUCUGAAACAAGUGAAAACAAGUCGAAAUUUAGCAAAAAUAAUAUAUACAAAUCUACUUUUCAAAAAACGAAAAACCACAGAAAACCUUAUUUUAAAUUUGUUUACCAACUAAAAGACCCGCUGAAGUAUGUCCAUUUUACUUGUAUUGAGUGUACACACAUACACGUGCACCAUUAUUCUAACAACAAAACACACGCAUACACUUUUAUUGAAUGCUAACAGAACAAUACAUACGUGUAGAGAGCGCGAGUGAAGACACGCAGGUUUUCUUCCUCGUAAACAAAAUCAACAAUAACAAAACAUGUUGCAGAUGAUUACUCAACUACUAAAUGAUAAAUCACGUCCUAUUGGAGCAACGAUAAUGUAUAGUUUAAUUGUUCAUACUAAAUAUCAACACAAAGUGGUGACAAAACUUGUUUGGUGAUUUAAAAUUAAUAGGAAGAAAUCAGAAAAUGAUGAUACCUCUCUUUUAUAUUAUUCUUUGUGUACGAUUAUUUACAAUACGUUCGUUCUUAGUAUUUCGUUUUAGUCGUUUGAAUUGUGAUUUAUUUUCAUAUUGUUUAGUAUUAUUUUUCUCCGAGAGAGUUUAGGGUAUAGGACACAUACAAACACACUCAUACACACUAAAUCAAAAGUAUUCCUAUUACAAUCUCUUAUGUGUAAGUACUAAUAAAAUUUAAAAAAUGUAUAGCGACUCUCGAAAUAAAACACUAAAGUACUUUUCAAGUUCAAAAUUUUUACCAUAAAACAGUGCUACAGUGAUUCUGAACUUUUCAAGUGACUUAGUAUAUGUUGUAGGUCUAGUCAAAUACAGCACGAAACUACGUUUGACCAGUUUAAUAAACCCUCAGACCCUUAAAUUUAUUGCAAAAAAAGACAUGUUCUGAGACCUUCGCCUACAAAAAAUUAAUUUCGUUGUCAUUUUCAACCAUUUUUUUGAUUCACAUUGAUUGAAAUUACCAUAAUUUUGAUAUCAAUUUCAGGAAAAUCGAUCAAGCUGUUCUCUUCCAAUGCUGGACACCAACUGAAAAGCAAUAUUUAUAACCUUCUAUAUGAUAAUCCCCCCUUGAGGCAAAAAAUACAUUUUCGAAAAAACCACUGUUGUGAAAUGCUGAUCAAAGCAAUCACAUACACCCGUUAACUCCUAAUUUUUGGAAAAUUGAAUAACUUUGUCAUUUUCGGCAGAUCGUGAUGAUUAAAAUGUCGUUGGACGCGGAAUUAAAUGUUCUUUGGAAUUAUCAUUAGAAAUGCCUUCAGAAAAAUGUUAAACCAUUUUCAUAUUUUUAUGAAAUAAAAAUCGCAAAUGAUUUCGUAUUGUUGUUCUAAAAACGUACAUCGUUGGAAAGGUCUACUUUUCUUCUUUUCAGAAUUUUCAAAAAUCUAAAUUCGGCUUAAAAAUGACAACGUAGGUAAUUUUUUAGUGCUUUUUUACGAUAAUUCAAGAUAUUGCGGGUAUAUUAAACUGAUUAAACGUGGUUUUGUAUUGCCUUUCACUAGAGUUACAAAUUAUAGAACGGCACUUGAAAAGUGUAUUCAAUAUUUGUUUAUUUUUGUAGCACCAUGUAAUUACUUUGAAGAAAAGCAUUAUUUUGACACCAUUACAUCGUCUUUUUCCUGUUGAAUUGAUUCCUCUUUACUUUAAUCGUAGUUGAAUACUAAUUAUGCGAAGUGGGUUACUUGUAUAUAUAAAAUGAAAUUGUGAAACUCAUAAACAGAAAGUAAAACGAUUUCAAGUUGCGUUCCAAAGCAUUCAAAAUGUUUUUGUGGGAUACAUGGGAGUGGAACUAGGAAAAAACAAACUGAGCGUUUUAAAAUGAUAAAAAAACUAAAUUAGGGCGCUGAAAAAUAUGAUAAAAAUUUAAGAGCGAGGAAUGAUUGAGCAGUCAAGCAAAUCUACCAGAAAUGGGGGGAAAUAUCGAGAUAUAGAGCAUGGCUGGCUUGCUUUUGCUGCAGGAACGGAUCCUAUCAGUCACAGUUUUUUCUUGUUUCAUUUUAAUUUUUUUUACGUUUGCUUUCAAUUUUUGUAUGCAAUUGUUGCCUAUACAUUAAAUGCUUUUUUAAAAUGGACUGGUCUGUGGUAGGGUUUAUCACUAACACUAACACUAACUCGUGGAUUUGCGACAAGGAUUGUCUUGAGUACGCCUACCAAUUGCAAGGUGAACUUAAUUAAUUUAAAUGCCAUUUUCAGUUUCGGCUUUUAAGAAUCUAGAACCGAUACAAAUAAGUGCUAAAAAAUUUCAAUGCUGAAAUAAUCUGGAGUAUUGGAAAUAUUCGUAUUCCGGGUAGGUCGCAGUAGAUUAUUCGAAUACAAUAGUUUAAUGGAAUUGUUGUUAUUGCAAAACUAUGCAGAUGUAAUAAAAUUUUACCAGAGCUAUUGUAUGCCCCUAACCUACGACCAUGGAUGCCAACAACCGUCCGUUAAGGGAUUACACCAUCGUAAAAAUGUUCAAUUCUGUCGCAACGCCUCUUAUGCAUACUCUCAGUGUAUUGAAAACUUCAACUGUGUUUUUACGAAAACCACUUUUUAUUAGUUGAUUAGUUGACCGGUAACUCAAACAAAUGGCUUUUUAUCGUUCUGAAAAUGUAACAGUGUAUUUAUAAUUACUUUCUCUAGCGACGUAUGUAGGAUUUCAUUUGUUAUUGUGUUUUUAAUUACCAUUUUUGUGUCGAUUUUUAUGACGUUUUCUUAAUAGAAAGUGUGCUAUUUCGCAAAAAAUCUCAACGAAAACGCUUGCUAUCAUUCUAAGGAAUCGAACAAACUUGUUUUUGGCUCUAGGGCGAAGAUUACGGAAGCCACCAUCUUGUGAAGAAAUUAUUUUAAAACUUAAUUUUUUAUUCAUCACAACUAGUAUUAGAAAUACCAUUUUACAGAAUCUUGAUUCAUCUCUUCAUUACGUCAAGAAAAAUUACCGAAAUAUGCCUAUUUUUUCAUACUAUAUAGUGGUGUAAUCCCUUAAGUCCACCAAAUCGCUUCGCGCAUGUCAGACCUGUUUACAACCGAAAAUCUUUGCUUCGCUUGGCAGAAUCAAAAACAUGAAGACCAUACCUCGGUAGAGAUUAAUGUUAGGCAAGAAGAUGGAGAGAAACUCACAUGAAGGUGAACCAAAUAUGAUUUGUCAAGACUGAAAAAGCUAAGAUUUUAUAAAAAUCUUUCUUUGCAUCCAUUACACUACGAGAAGAAUUAGAAAAGAUGAAAUGCAGGAACUUAUCAGAAUGCGAAAUUGCAUCGAGCUAGAAAUUCAUUAUAACUAAAGCGAGAAGUGAUUGUUGAACCAAGCACAGUUCCAAUCAGUCAAACUUCGCACAGUAGGCACAUAUCUUCAGAAGAUUGAACAUUAUGACUGUCAUACCAGACAGUCCGGAAAGAAAGAAAAAACCAAAUUUCCCUUUUGGGUGUAAAUUUUAUUUAACUUUUCGUUUUAUCACAAACGGUUCUCAACUUUUGUUACCUUUGUUAAAAAGGCGUGACUGCAAAUUUGUACUCAAUAACUUGGAAAGGAUAUCCGAAAUGAAUGUGUAUUUAAGGACAAAAAGUAAAAAAGGAAUUAUGGAAAGCAAGCACCACUAAACUUGAAAAGAAAAAUAAAUAUUUUUUAGAUAGCUAGGAGAUACAUUUAUAUAUUAUUAUUAACUAAAGAAAGAAAAUACCUGCACGAUGCAGAAACUUUAAAAUAUUACACAAUGAAAUUGUAUUUUAACAAAAGUCGAGAGAAAAAUACAAAUUUCCAAAAAUAAUCCGAGGACAGAAAUAAACUGAAUCAACAGAAUUGAGACGCAAAAAGCUUGUUUGUUUAUGGAAGAUGUUUUCGAUCCUAAUUUGAAUUAUAUUUUUCAAUCACAGGUCACCACAUAGCAGAUCGAUUCAAUAAUAAUUUUUAGGUAUGUUUGUUCCUGUGUACAAUUUAAUCAUAUGAUAUGACGUGAUUAUUUCUUCGCUGGAUAUCCACAGGAAAUGAUCGUGCCUAACACGUUUCUAACUUUCACGGUCAAGUUCUGUAAUACAAAUCAUGAUGAACAUUCAAUAAAGCUAGCGAUUUUAUUCAACCAGUCCUCAUUCGGUAAAUUAUUUCAAAUUGAUUGGAUACAACUGAUUAUUUAGUUUUAAAGUAACUAUUGAAUCGUUGUGUUUACUUCUAUAUUUCCAGGAAAAAAUAAUAUAUUUGUUUCCUACUAAUUAUAAUUCUGAAUGAAGCGCUAAAAAAUCUAAAAAAAUCCUGUCACCAAUGUUUCACUGUUUGUUCCUUUGUUGUUUUUCGUACAAUAAAUCAGAAAUUAGUUUUGAAUGAUAAACAGCAAAUACUGUGAUAUAUUAAGCAUAACAAGUAAACGGAUAAUAAAACAAACUCGGAAAAGUAAUUGGAACAAAAAUUCCCAUAUAACACGAAAACCGCUUAAAUCAACAACUCACUUUAGUUCCUUGUUCAACAUUUUCGGCAAACAAAUUCAAUAUAAUUUGUUUCGAAAAUUACCCGUAUUAACACGAAACAUCGUCAUCGUUCUUUUGUUUUACUUUGUCUAGUCAAUAUAAAGUGAAUCAGUUAAGAUCAUCGCCAUUUUUUGAAUAUGGUUAUAUGUUAUAGAAAUUAAGUCGCCUUUUCGUAAAAUUUGUCCAAAUUACAUCCCAGUUAGAAUACUCAUUUUUCUACUGUCACCAUGCUUCAUUUCAGUGUCACAAUCUCUCUAUUCUUGGCGUGCACUUAGGUUGUGUAAACAAUUUCAUACAAAAGUUGAGCGGAAAACUAGUAGGCAAAUGUUCCUGGUAAGAUUAAUAGCAAACAUAACAAAAUGAUCCGGAUCGGCGACUCUGAGCCCGUUAGUAAGCAGAACAAAAACAUCUACCCUGACAAAGUAAUGUAAUAGUCAAACCCAUAACGAAAACACAAUAAUGAGCCGUUUUGUGCGAAGGAUUUUACCUUCAACACAAUAUUCACAAAAACACAAAUAAUUCGUACACACAGCUAUGCACCACAAUACACCCAAUCAAAAAUAGAUCCUUGAAAGAAUGAUAUAUGAGAAACAAUAACAAACAGCAGUCUAUAGAACCAAAAACACGCAAAAACCCACGACUUUUUAUGGAAUUCGCAAGGAAACAAAAACACCCCGCAAGGUUAUAUUAUUUGUAAAAAGAAAUAUUCGCAUCAGAACAAAGAGAAACAAACAAAUAUUCUAAUUGAAAUAAUGAACAGAAAAAAACAUUAAUGAGAAUAAUCUGUAAGAUUUUUAGAAAUAAAAUACUAUUAAAAACAUUACUCCAAUUACUUUAAAAUAUUGUAUGAAUAAAAUCACUAUUAUCAUUAUUGAUAAUACAACACAUAUAUGAAACACACAAAGGUAUUUCAGUUUACUUAAUGAAAAGUGAACUUGUCAGGAAAGUUGAAAGAAAGGAACAGAAAAGAAUAAUUGAAUCUAGUAGAGCAAAUAGAAUCUGGCAAAAAAAUGAUAUUCUUAAAACCGAAGAAAGUAACAAAUUAAUGCAGAGAACUAAACGUAAUUCCUUCAAGUAGCGUCAGACAAAUUAGGUAUCCCUAGCCUUCGAGGAAGCAUUCAGGAUAUGAUAGCAUUGUUCUAGUACAGCAAAACUUUCUUGUAGAAAACAGCAACAACAAGAACAAACCAGCACCGUCGCAUUCGAACGGAAAACAAAAACAGAAAAUAACCUGUAUCGAAAACCGCGUACAUUCAUCACUGCGUCUGUGAUAGAUCUAAAGAAAAUUUUAAUGUACUAGAUCAAGUCUCUGAAAUUAAAGUGCGUUGUACGUAAGGUUAGUCGCACACAUGGAUUAGUAAGAAUGAGAAUCAAAAAAAUCAAAAGCAUACAGAGCGAACACGACUUGAGAACGGUCUCCUGGUGGAAUUUUCUCCUAUCUUCAUGGUAGAGAUGUUUCGAUGCUUACUCGUAACCCUUCCGAAAUAUUUCCGGAAGAAAAGGUAGACCAGUUGUAAUCGGACUUCGAAUAGUCGGGUCAAGCAAGUUAGUAAAGAAAGUGAAACACUAAUUUAAAAAAAAGGAAUAAAAUAAUGUUAAACGAUAAAUUGUUGUUGAUAAAAAUAAAUGAAAUCAUCACUUUUAUUAUUAAAGAAAACCUUAAGGAAAAUCCUAUGAUUAGUUGUGUAGCAAUUCUUUGAUUAAGUGAUUAAAAUACAAUAUAAAAUAAAUUUAAAUGGACACAUGAGAAAAGUAUCUAAAUUAACAUAAGCUAAAAAGGGAAAAACUCAGUGUUUUCGAGAAAAAUCAGCAAAAAACAUAAAAAUAAAACAAAAAUAUUGCAAAUUAUAGAUAUGUUCCAUUUUUUAAAUAUAUUAAAAACAGUAUGUGAGAAAAAGUAAAACUAGAAAGUGAAUUACCACUGAUCAAUCAUUGUGGAGCCUAACACAAUUUUUUCCUUCGGUUUAGCAAACUCCGAUACACAGAAUCAGGUGAUUAGGCGACUAUGUGAAAGCAAGUAAUAAUUAUGAAAAUAAUAAUAAUAUUAAAGUACAACCACUUUUAUUUUUUCGAGGCAUGAGAACAACAAACCACAAGAAAAGAAGAACGUGACACAAAACUGAAAAUAAGCAAAAACUGAUUUAUGUACUAAAAUUAUUUUCAAAAUAAAACAUUUCAAUUCAAUUAA